CCUCGGCGCUGCCCGCCGCGCCCGGGGGCAGUGUGUUCCCGGCGGGCGGCGGGCCCCUGCUCACGGGCGGCGCGGCAGUGCACAUCUCCGCCGCGGGCGCGGCCAAGGCCACCCUCUACUGCCGUGUCUUCCUGCUGGACGGGACCGAAGUGAGCGUGGACCUGCCGAAACAUGCCAAAGGCCAGGAUUUGUUUGAUCAGAUUGUGUACCACCUAGACCUUGUGGAGACAGACUACUUUGGCCUCCAGUUCCUCGACUCUGCCCAGGUCACGCACUGGCUGGAUCAUUCUAAACCCAUCAAGAAGCAGAUGAAAAUUGGACCUGCUUAUGCUUUGCACUUUCGAGUUAAAUACUAUUCUUCAGAACCGAACAAUCUUCGAGAAGAGUUUACAAGGUACCUGUUUGUUUUGCAACUCAGGCAUGACAUUCUUUCUGGAAAAUUGAAAUGCCCUUAUGAAACAGCUGUGGAAUUAGCUGCUCUAUGUCUACAAGCAGAGCUCGGGGAGUGUGAGCUUCCAGAACACACACCAGAGCUUGUGUCUGAGUUCCGGUUCAUUCCAAAUCAGACAGAAGCAAUGGAGUUUGAUAUCUUCCAGAGAUGGAAAGAGUGCAGGGGAAAGAGCCCUGCCCAGGCGGAACUCUCCUACCUGAAUAAAGCGAAGUGGCUGGAAAUGUAUGGGGUAGACAUGCACGUUGUCAGGGGAAGAGAUGGCUGUGAAUAUUCUCUUGGACUGACCCCGACAGGCAUAUUAAUCUUUGAAGGAGCUAACAAAAUAGGCUUAUUCUUUUGGCCUAAAAUUACCAAAAUGGAUUUUAAAAAGAGCAAACUGACCCUUGUGGUGGUGGAGGAUGAUGACCAGGGCCGGGAGCAAGAGCACACCUUUGUGUUCCGGCUAGACAGUGCCCGCACCUGCAAACACCUGUGGAAGUGUGCGGUGGAGCACCACGCUUUCUUCCGCCUGCGCACUCCAGGCAAUGGCAAGACCAGCAGAUCCGACUUCAUCCGCUUGGGCUCCCGCUUCAGGUUCAGUGGGCGGACAGAGUACCAAGCUACACACGGCGCCAGGUUACGAAGAACCAGCACCUUUGAGAGGAAGCCCAGUAAACGUUACCCAUCUCGGAGACAUUCCACGUUCAAAGCAAGCAACCCCGUGAUAGCUGCGCAGCUCUGCUCUAAAACAAAUCCUGAAGUCCAUAAUUACCAGCCUCAGUACCAUCCUAGUGUCCACCCCAGCCAGCCCCGGUGGCAUCCCCACUCUCCAAAUGUCAGCUACCCACUCCCCUCCCCAGUGCUCAGCCCCUCUGACCGGCUGCCAUUUGGCAUUGAGGAGAACGGGGGCACGCCAUUCCCCCCGAAAGCUUCAGGAAGGCACCACCACCAGCAUCACCACCAUGCCAACUACGGCUUCGCGCUGACCCUGGAGAACAAGGAGGGGCCUCUGAGAUCCCCGAACUCCAACAGCAAGUCCCUUACAAAACUGAGUCCAGGAGGACCAGCCCUGUUCAGUGAGGCUGCCGCCCAUCUGAAGAAGCUGGAACUAGAGACCGUGAAAGCUGCUGGACCCUGGCCUGCUCUGCACAUCAACAUAAACAAGGCUGAAGAAAAGAAAGUUGCUGAGAAGACACUGCAGACGCCACUGCUGCCUUCCCCAGUGGCGGACCACGUGAAGUGCAACAUCCUGAAAGCGCAGCUGGAGAAUGCUUCCAGGGCCAGUGCCCAGAUAGGAAAAGAGGAAUCAACAUUUGUAAAUAUCAAUAAGAAGUCAAGUCUUCAGGAUGCUAAUGUAAGAAGUCCUAUCCCUAUUCGCGUGGAAGCUGCCCAGCCAGCUGUGGAAAAGCCAGAAAUCAAGCCUCCCCGAGUGAGGAAGUUAACAAGACAAUAUAGUUUUGAUGAAGACGACCUCCCCCCAGACCUGGCUGAGGCAGUGGGCACGACCACAGCCACAACUACCAAUGCCACGACAGCCGCCACACAAGUUACGGUUCCACUGGUGUCUCCCAAGCUCCAGAAAGUCAGCUCACCUCAGAAGUCAGAAGGCAAGGGCCAGCUGUCCCCGGGGGUCAAGAGCCCCUCUGACCGAGGAGGUGCGUUCACCUUGGAGCCCGGCGAUCUUCUCAUGGAUUUCACUGAAGCUACUCCUCUGAUAAAAACAUUCCCAGCCGAUACAGUGAGCCCGUUUCCUGAUCCUUUUACCAGUGGGUCACAGUUUACCGCAGACUUUAGAGACAGUAAAUUCCAGUGCUGUCCUGGCCAGUCUUCCCCACUGAUCCCAACAGUGGCCCUGAGGCCUUUGACAGAGACUGUCUCCACAGUACAGACCAUCUAUAAUGCCCGGAAGCCUGUUUCUCUGGCAACUAGUGCAGAGACACUCCGGCAGGAACUGGAAAGAGAGAAAAUGAUGAAAAGACUGUUGAUGACCGAACUGUGAAACUCUCCUCUGACCGCCUGGAGGAUGGCGUGGUGCCUUCUGUCUGUUCCCUUUCUUCGGGCUCUGUGUGCUCACUUUAGCACAACAUACAAAUGUCAUGUGCUCUGUUUGCCCAGGUCUCCGUGAUUAGUGGAAGCCAACUUCUGGCUUGACUAUUACUGGAAAAGUUACUUUAGUCUCCUGAGUAUUAGAGGGUUUUUUUAAUGCUCAGUAAAACUGAGACAAGUUUUGGUAAGUCUAAGAAAAGAAAGAAGGGAAAACAGGGACUCCUGUUCAAAAGCCCCUGUGGUUAACAGAUGCAGGGGCUAAUAUGACGCGGACUCCUUUGCUAACAAUCUGAACCAUGUGAUUUUGUAUGAUUGAAACUUGCAACCAAGCUUUGACUGAUUGUUAAGGAGUCCUUUUUAAUGAGAUUCUUUACUGCUGGUUUUUCAUUUACACUGAUAAAUACAUGGAUCUUCUAAAGUCCUUUAUUUUUAUUCAGACAUGAGUAGGUGAGCUAAAAACAAAGUUACAUAUCACUAUGACUUAAAAUACUUCAGUUUGACCUGAAAUAUAAUUUAAUGUGUGAUCUUGUUGGAUAUAAUAUUUUCCAUGAUAAAUAGAAUUUAUCAUUGAACCCAAAGUAGGAAAUACCAGCUUAAAUAGUCUAAAAGUCUUUACAGGGUUAAGAUAAUUAAACAUCAAAAUGAUUCAUUUGGGUGUUCCACAAAGGAAAAUUAUUUCUAAAGUUGGUUAGUUUAUGUUGAUAGAACCUUGACCAGAUGAAACUUUGUUCUCUUUUUAUAUAGUUUCGAGAAAUGUGUUUUUAAAUUUUUAUUAUGCACUUGAUUAACUUUGCAGGAAUAAAGGAACCCCCAGCCACUAAAUUAUUUCCCUAGAUUUUUCAAUGAACAUGCACACAUUUUACAAAGUUAUGAUCCGUGUGUACAUUCCGUUUUGUUAUAUUCUCCACCUAACACUUAUCUCCUUAUCAAACAUCCUGCUCUCACCGAUCUAAAUGUCUUUAUAUCCAUAUGACAUGGUUAACAUUAUUUCUCCCCACUAUUAGCAAGUGGAAUCAUAUCUAAUUUUUCACUCUUAUAAAUAGUGCUGCUAUGAAUGUCUUUGUAAAAAACAAAUAGUUCCUUCAUUUGGAUUAUUCCCUUGGGAAUAUCUCCAAAGGGGGAUUACAAGGUCAAAGAGCAUGAAGUAUUUUAUAGCUCUUAUUUUAUAUUGCCAGAUUGCUUUCUAGAAAGAUCCAAUCUCUGGGUUGGAGGACCUUACAGGUCAUUGAAUUUACUUUCCCCCUUCUGAAUGCUUGAAUCCCCUCUACAAUUUAUGAUGCCACCAGCAAUGUGUAAGAAUUUUAAUUUACCAAUAGCUCUGCCAGUAUUGGGUUUUGCCAUUUUUAUUUAUUUUUGCUAGCUGAAUAGAUGUGUAUAGUUGUUCUUGAAAAGUUGUUUUGUUUCGUUAAUUACUAGCAAGCCCGAACACCUUUCCAUGUGAUGAUUUACAAGAUGUAUUUCCCUGUGUGUGAGCUGUCCAUCUGUUUCUUAUGACCACUUGUUAAGUGGGAUUGAGCUCAUACAUUUGUAUCCAAACUGUAUUUUUAUGUUGUAUUGUACAGUUUGCUCUCCUGUCCCUAUCCUCACAACUGAAUGGUGCCAAUAAUUUGAUACUAAUGACUAUAAAAAAGUAAUGUCUCAUUUACUAGCAUUGUAAAUGAAAGUUAUAAGAAAAUAUUCAGAUAACUGAGGAGUAACCCUUUAAGUGCUGAUAAAAUUUUAAUAUUUUUUGGAGGGAAAUCUUUCUAAAAUGUACUAUAUUACGUACUUCCCUGCCUUAGUAAACACAGUAUCCUGGAGAGUAUUUAACUGUUUCUUGGUGAGUCAUGGUCAUCAUAGUCAUCACCCGUUUUGUACCCUGGUAUGGUGCAGUGGUGUCACCAGGAGCUAUCAAAAUGCACAGGGCUUGGCUUGGCCUAGUGCAGGCUAUUGUGAUCUUCUCAUUGCUGGUCUUUUACUGCUCUCUCUGCUCUAUCAGUGGAGCUAAGUGAGGCAACUGUAGCUUUGGGGGCCUUUUACCCUGGUGACCCCAGCUGUACUUUUAAAAUGGCUUUAGCUGUUCUUUGUCUUGUGACCAUGACACAAAACGUGUUCUUGUACAACAUGGGGUUGUCACUUCUUGCCAAUCCAGAGCCUCUUCCUCUUCUCAAUUGCUUUCUGAGGCAUCUGUUCUUCAUCUCCUGCUCUCUGAUGGAAACCUUCCGGACACAGCCAAAGGUUUUCCAGGGAAGCCAGGAUGCCAAGUAUUUCAUGUGUCAGGUCUGCUUUGCUUCCAGGGAGGAAUGCAUGGGCUUUUGGGCUGCUGUUUCCAGGAGGCUGUGUCUCCUGCACUUCCCCACCUCCCCUUGGGUUCACAGGUGUUUCUGAAGAUUGAUGUCACUGGAAAUCUGACCACAAACACGUUGGCUGUUAUUGUACAUGAAAACCCAGUACAUUUGGCAGCUCACCUCUAACCAGUAAAAUGAAGAGGAUUCCAUUGUUUCAGCAGUUGUCCUGGUUAUUUACCUACUUAAAUGUAUGAUGGGUGCUUGGCAUUUUGACCUGAGAAGAUGACAUUGUACUGGGUAGAUUCAGAGUGAUUGAAAGGAAUUAUGCAAUUGUUUCACCUUUUUAUGUAUUAAAACCAAAACCAUAGCACCGUAAGGUCACACAACACACACCCAAGGUUCAGGGGGAAGAUCAGGCUGCUAACGUAAUUAAGGCUGGCCACAAACUUCUGGUGGGCGUGAGGGGUUACUGCGGGGCCUGGGAAUCUCCAGGCCACAGGGCUUAUAGACCAUGGGCCUCACAGAGCAUGAGGUUUGAAAAGUCUGGAAACAAAAUCCUUGAAGAUUCAGGAGAUCUCACAAGGAUGCAUCCAGGAAUUGUACCCCAAAAUAGUACAGGGAUAUUGUAAUGUCACUGUUAUCCUUCUUUCACCAUCUCAAACACCACAGCUCUUUAAAAUAUUCAAAUAAA